AUGUCAAGUCUUCCUGAGAAUUAUCAACCUCCUGAUCCAAGUUCACUACCAACGGGUCCAUUAGAUACCACAACAUCAGCGUAUGGGUUUUCUCAUACCAUGAUUCGUAUAAAAGAUCCGCGAGUCUCGUUAGAUUUUUAUACUCGUAUACUUGGAAUGACUCUUGUUCGAGUGAUGCCAAUGCCUGCUGGUAAAUUCACGAAUUAUUUCCUAUGCUAUCCACAAUCCACCGUCCCUGAUCGAGAUAAUCACGAUCAGCUGAUGGGUUGGUUAUGGCAACAACAAGGUAUUCUCGAAUUAUGCCACAAUUGGGGUACAGAAUUAUCAGAAAGUGAUUUUCAAGGUUACAAAUCCGGUAAUGAACCCGAACAUAAAGGAUUUGGACAUAUCUGCGUGUUUGUCGACGAUCUUCAUAAGGCUUGUGAUCGUUUUACGUCAUUGGGCGUUCGAUUCAAAAAACGCCCCGAAGACGGACAAAUGAGACACAUCGCAUUUAUCUUGGAUCCUGAUGGAUAUUGGAUUGAAAUUAUCCAAAAAAGUGCUGGUGAUAAAGAAGUAACAAAGAAUUGA